AUGCGCGGCCGCACCUGGCUGGGCGCUGCGCUCGUCCUGGGGGCGCAGCUCCGAGCGCUGUGGCUGGCGGCAGCAGUGGAAGUUCACACUGCCAAGGAGGUGGUGGCGGUGAACGGGACCAACCAGCGGCUGAGAUGCUCCUUCUCCAGCAGCAGCCCCGUGGGCCAGCAGCUGGCUGUGAGCUGGAACUUCCAGCCCGAGGACCUGGGCUCUCAUGAGCUGGUAUUUUACUACCAGAAGGAGCCCUACAAGCCCCCCUCGGGAAGGUUUAAAGACCGAGUCACCUGGGAUGGGAACAUCGAGCGCAACGACGUCUCCAUCAUGCUCUGGAACCUGCAGCCCAGUGACAACGGCACCUUCACCUGCCAGGUGACAAACUGGCCAGAUGUCUUUGGCACCAUCGGGGAGGUGCGGCUCCGGGUUGUGCAGAAAGUGAACUUCUCAGAAAUUCAUUUCCUGGUCGUGGCCAUCGGGUCUGCCUCGGUGCUGAUGAUCAUCGUGGUGACAGCUGUGAUCAUCUGCCGGCAGCGGCGCAGGAAGGCGCGAGCCAAGAGGCUGGAGGUGGCAGACACCGAGGGUAAAGAAAAGGAGAGCCUGAAGAUGGGGGAAGAAAAGGAACCCGUUCCAUUGGAAGAUUAAAGGUUUUUGCUGUGUGCACAAUGCA